AUGCGCCCUGGCAUUUGUCAAGGAAGGCGCAGCGGGGUCGCGUUGCUCGACCACAACACCGACGCGCUGGAACAAGUCAAGUCCGAGCUGGAACGCGAGGCUGGACAAGAGCGACAUGGCUGCCAGGUGCUCGUGUACCAGGUCAAUGUCGCCGACAAAACCGCAGUCACGACGGCGGUUGAAUCGGCCGCCGGCGUCUUUGAUCAUGCUGAAGCAGGACUACCUGCUUUCGUCGUCGGCGGACCGACGCCUCCUGCAGCGUGGAGCCAUCGUCAAUCUGGCCUCCAUCUGCGGCGUCGUUGGCGUACCUAUGUCAACGGCCUACUGCGGACGGCCGCGGUGGACUACGCCUCUCGGGGAUUACGAAUCAAUGCAGUCUGCCCGGGGUACGUUGAUAUGCCCUUGAUCCAGCCGGGCGCGGUGACGGCACAGGUCGCGCAGGAAAAGACUCAGGUAUGGACGCCCAUGCGCCGGUUCGGCACGGCAGCUGAGAUAGCCGACGCUGUCGUCUUUCUGUCGGGGGGGGAGGAGCUCCUACAUCACGGGCUCGGCGCUGAUGGUGGAUGGGGGAUACACUUCACAUUGAUGUAUGAGCCCCCCAAAUUCAAUGUAGGACCAAAUUGCCCCGCGGAGCUGGUCGAGGACCCCCAUUUGUAUCGAUACACCAGGGAAUGGUGCUCUCCUGUCGUAUUAAGCAAGGUCUUCUUUGAAAACUUGUAG